GUCUUUGCCAUAGGAUGCACUCCCUUGGCGAAGCAAUCUUGAUGCUGUUUCACGGUCCACUCUGCAAUGACGAGAAGACAUAUCCAAACCAGAGACGUAGAAGUGACGGCCCAGAAUUGCAUGGAAUGGCGCAGGAUGGUCCACAAGAGACGUUGCCUUGAUGCAGACCACUUGACACAACGAUGAAGAGACCUUAUCAAGUAUCAAAUGUCUGAUGAAGGCCUGUAUGAGUGUUACUACACAGGCAGGUACAGCGACAGCAAGCAAGGCAUCAUGAGGCUGGUCGUCAGAGGCUGCCCAACUGCUUACUUUGGAGACUCCUGUAUCAGCCGCUGUGCUCAGGACACCUGCCAGAACAAGAUCGUCUGCGGCCCGGACCCGUUAAGCUGCCGAUGUAUAGCGGUGUUCAGUGGCUCGUUCUGUGACACACUAACGGAUUUAGACGAGUGCUCCCUCGGUACAGACGACUGUGAUCAGGUCUGUGAGAACGUCGUGGGAAGCUUCACCUGUUCCUGCUGGGAUGGGUACGCAAUGGACGGCGGCACAUGUGUGGAUGUGGAUGAAUGCAGUUUGGGCAUUGAUAACUGUGAGCACACGUGUCACAACCACGUGGGUAACUACACCUGCUCGUGUAAUGAGGGCUACUUUCUGUCGAGCAAUGGCUGGAACUGCACAGAACCCCUGACUUGCAUCGUCAUUUCUGCAACCCAGCAAGCGCCUGUAGAAACGUUUCUCUGUUCUGCUCAUCAACGAGAGGAGCACUUCGCAAAAAAUCACGAAAUCAGCCUUGCAGUGGAAGGGGUAAUUGGAGAGAUUGAAACCAUCAGCUGGACGGUAAAUGGCAUCAAUGCAACGUCUUCCUUGAAUCUAACAGAAGGUGUUUACACGGUCCAAGCAACAGCAGUUAACGAGUUCUCUGAGCUCUCGACCAACAUGACCCUCCGUGUUGUUGACUGAUGAUGAUGAAUGGUUUGUUGUGCAACAGAGAAUUUCUCGCAGCCCGUAGGCUGAAUUCAAUAAAAUGGGGUCAGUCAGUAGUUUUUAUUAUCAAUAUGAUUAAAAACAUUACAAUUUUAUAGAUAUAGUUUAAAACAUUUAGAUAGUGAUCUGACUCUAGCAUUUUGUCAUUCGAAAUGAUAAAUCCAUAUAGCAUUAAGAACAUUACCUAGACGCUAAACUUUUAGUCCACAUUCAAUUAGAUAAAAUACAACAGAAGUCCUUAGAAAAAAUCCUUUAAAAGGCGCACAAUGUAGGCCAUAGGGGAAUUCUCCAGCAUUGCUGGAAAGUGCGUUUCUACGUGAAAUCCGAACUUCAGGCAUACUUCACGCCUUUGGACUGAGAGGAGAGGGAGGUUCAAAUCUUUCCUUGCUCGUACAUAGCUACUGAAGCUUCUUCCCAGAAUUGUCCGAAACGCUCUCCUUUGUACCGUUUCCAGUUUGUCAGAUUGUGCACAUGUUAAUUCCGGGUGCCAUACCGGUGCGCAAUAUUCCAUUACUGGUCGCACGAAUAAGAUGUAUAUAGUGACAAGGUCUUCUGUAGGAAGUGCAUAAGUUUCCGUAAGAAAAAGAGUCUUUCAUUCGCCUUCCGUAUCAUUCUGUUUACUUGUGUCUCCCAUUUUAGGUCCCUCUGAAGCCAUACUCCCCAAAUGCAUGAUUUUGUGUACCUAAUUGGCACAACCUUCAGUAAACAGCUGAGAACUUUUAUCUAUAGGUAAAAUGGAAGUAAUGAGGCAUGAGUAAGGUGAUGGUUCAGUGACAGGAAAAUAGUUGUAUCUGUGGUCUUUUACACUUCCUGAAUUUUGUGCCUUCUUUCAAAAUAAAUGUUUCAUGUAUUUGAUGAGCAUUUUUUAACCAAAUAAAUUAUAAAUAUAUAUGUA